AUGUUCAGAUCCAAAAAGAAUCAGCGGAGUCCGUCGGAAGAGCAGAGUUACCUAGACGCCGUCUUUGCAAAGUUGGGCAAAGGACGGAUACUGGGCAUCCGACCCACCACCACCGCCACCACACCCGCACCUAUCCCCGCCUCACCCACCACCCAACGUCAUCCAACAACCCCAACCAGACCUGCAACCGCUCGUGGCAACCACACCCCCCAAGCCACCAGUCAGUCCCAACUCCGCCACCGACUAUUCUCAACUCUGCCUCCCUGGGCACAGCACCCUGUACAGACGAGCUUCCACUAUCCCAACAGGGCGCACCCGACUGCUGUACCUGUACCUGUAUCCUCGCCUGCGCCUCGCCAAAAGGGGCCCGGGUCGCGUCAUGCGCAUGUUAGUUUCACGCCGUCUACACGACCUGAGCCGCCUUCUGUAGCUACCCCGGCCAAAGAGGGCUCGGGAACGGGCACGAAGGAGGGUGAAAGUGAGGGUAGACGUCACAGGUCUGCUACGAUACCCGGGACGACGAGGCCCGCGGGGGUGCCAGCCCCUGGCGAGGUAAGAACCCGCCAUCGUGCUACUAGCCAUGAUAGGGGUGACAAAGUGAAGAAAGCUGGGUGA